UUUACAUUUCAAAGAAAAUUGUUGUAAUGUCUGGUGUUCAAGAAACUUCGUGCAAGCUUUGCCUCAAAACUGUGACCGUUGAAGGUUUUGAGGUAAUAAACAACGUUAUUAGAGAUAUUUUAGAUAUUCUUUUGCUGAAAUUGAAAUUUGAUUGCGAGGGCAAAGAGGUUAUAUGUAAUGCCUGCAGAGGAAAAUUAUAUGCGGCAUUAGAAUUUAAGUCAGCUUGUCUGAAGACCGAUUACACAAUUAUUCCAUAUUUGGAUUGUGAAAAAAUGUUACAGCUCGAUAUUAGAGAUGUGUAUACGAAGGAAAUGACAACCGACUCAAUGGAUAUUUCAGAUGGUCAGAAAAUAUGUCGAUUGUGUAUGGAGCCAGUAGAAAGUGAGUUUAGGUGCAUACGUGAAGAGGAACUCGAAGCUAUCGAGAAACUGGCUCCUGAAUUGAUUAUAAACAUCAUCAAAGAUCCCGUUAUAUGUAAGGAAUGCUUUGAUUCUGUGUGCACCCACAACAGUUUCCUAAAAAAUUGCAGGGAAGUACAGGAAAAAAUUAGAGGUAUUUUUAAUAGCGCAGCAACAGAAAGUCAGAUAGAUAAGUCACGAUCUGAUUUAUUCCUUAAGACUGAAAACCAGGACAUAGAAUUCGAUAUGAAUGGGACGGAAAUGUCAAUUAAAGCUGAAAGUAUCGAUAUAAAAUCGGAAGAUGAGGAAAGCAGUGACUCGCUACUGCAGAGCUCCGAUAGUGAAUCAUUCAUGAAGAGUGUCCUUAGAGAUGAGGAAGAGGAUGGAUGUAAACAUGAGAAUAAAUCGACAAACGAUUGUACUACGAAAGAUAAGCAGGACGACAAAAAAUACACCGCAUUACCGAAUAAGGACACUUUACAACUGCCCAUUUAUAAAUGUGAUGGUUGCACAUACGAAUCAAAGAAGAAGAUAAACUUUACCAAACAUCAGUUGGUACAUAAAGAUCCUUCACAGGUCAAAAUGUACGGGUGUAAUGACUGCGAUUUCAAAACUAAAUACAAGGGUGCUAUGAAAAAACACCAACUGAAACACAAAGAUCUUUCACAGGUUCAAACGUACAAGUGUGACGACUGUGAUUUCGAAACUAAAUACAAGGGUGAUAUGAAAAAACACCAACUGAAACACAAAGAUCUUUGGCAGGUACAAACGUACAGGUGUAAUGACUGUGAUUUCAAAACUAAAUACAAGAGUUGUAUCAAAAAGCACCAACUGAAACAUAAAGACCCUUCACAGGUUCAAAUGUACAGAUGUAAUGGCUGCGAUUACGAAACUAGAUACAAGUUUAGUAUGAAAAACCACCAACUGAAACACAAAAAUCCUUCGCAGGUUCCAAUGUACAGGUGUAAGGAAUGCGAUUUCAGAACUAAAUCCAAGGAUUAUAUCAAACGGCAUCAACUGAAACAUAUAGAUCCUUCGCAGGUUCAAACGUACAGGUGUAAUGACUGUAAUUUCGAAACUAAAUACAUGGGUUAUAUGAAAAAACACCAACUGAAACACAAAGGUCCUUCACAGGUUCAAACAUACAAAUGUUACGACUGCGAUUUCGAAAGUAAAUCUAAGAGUUAUAUCAAACGGCACCAACUGGCACAUAGAGAAGGUGUACCGACUGUGAUUAUGAAUCCCAAUGCAGGAGUGGUAUAAAAUAUUACAUGAAGCAUAUAGAGCCUUCACGAGUGUAAACGUUCGGGUGAGUAUGUAUGAGCAUGCAGUUUUAGUAAAUAUGACUCAAUGUAUAAGAAAAAUUGUAUCUGUCAUCUGAUGAUGCACAAAGGUAUGUCGCAGGUUCAAAUGCAUCAAUGUGAUUCUGAAACGAAGCGUAAAAAGUUUCUAAGGAGAUAUCUGCUGAUGCACAAAAAACAUUUGUGGGUGUGAAGUGUGGCCCGUUGAAGCGCAAAAUCCAGUCAAAAAUGGAGGCAUUUAAGGGACUAACCAUAAAUACAGGGUGUGGCGUCUUCGGUGCAGAAAAAAUAAAAUGCAGAUU